CACACGUGUGCACACACACACACGUGCACACACACACACACACGUGCACACACAAACACGUACACACACACACCUUUGAUUGCCGAGACGCACAGGCUGGCUCGCGUGCGCGCUCGUCCUCCCGCGCGCCGCACGUGAGCUCGGGGUGCGCUCCACGUCGAUCCUCGAGACGAGACGGAGCUCCGAUCCGCCGAGGAGGAGGAGGAGGACGAGGAGGAGCUAUAGAAGAAGGAUCGAGACGUGGACUCAGGACAUGCACCGCGGACCUACUGCGGAUCUCGCGCACCAGGGCAUGAAUCGAGAUCAACAAAGCCAUCAAUAUCAUCAUCAGCAGCAUCAUCAGCAUCAUCAGCGCCGGUAGCAAGGACAUCACGGCCACAGGCAGCAGAAGCAUCGAGGGUUCUGCUCACCGCACGUGCAGAGCAAGGCCCGAGUCGCGACCCCCCGUGACCCCCCGUGACCCCUGGCACCAUGUCCGACGGUUACAUCCAGAAGGGGCCCCUGCACCAGUCGGGGCGCUCGGAGCCACCUCGUCCACACUCGGGCACGGAGCCCAACAACCCCAAGGCGACAGCAUCGUCACCACCAGCACCGCCACCGCCGUCUUCAGCAGCAGCAACAGCAGCAGGAGGAGCGACGGGAUGCGGCGGGAGCGGCGCCCGCCUGGCGCCCGGCCGGUACCCGCUCUCCCCGCAGCGCCAGCAGCAGCAGCAGCAGCUGCAGCUGCUGGCGGCCACGGGAGGCGCCGAGGGCGCCUGCUACAAGUGCCUGGCGCCGUUCGGCGUGGCGCUGCUGGUGAGCGGCGCGGCGGUGAGCGCCGUGGCGUACGGCCGCAACGCGCACGGCAGCCCCAUCACGCUGCUCGGCCUCGCGCUGCUGGGGCUCGGCGCCCUGCUGGGGCUGCUGGGCGCCGCCGGCUGCCUCCUGCACAGGCACCGCGAGCUGAGCCGCGCCAGGAGGGAGAGCCGCACCACCCUCGUGGUGGCGUCCGUGCCCUGACCGCGGCUGUCUCGCCGGCGGCGAGGACAAACCCCCGGGCGGAGCGUGCAGGCGGUGCAACUGCGGCGGGGUCCCGAC